GCGUCGUCGAAAAAUCAACUCCUGACUGGCAACGUUGUUUUCGCGAGCCUUCAAUCACGUACGCCGCCCGACGCUCUCUCCCAUGCCGCGCCUGAUCGGUUCCGCUGCCUGGCUGAGGGGCCUGUGAACGAUCUCCGCCUUCUCUUCUUACUCUCGUUCUACUGCUCCUUUUCCAUCAACCCGACCGUCUCCUUUGUCAAGGCCAGCGACCGCCCCAAAGCACCAAGCCGACCGUUCCUCGCCCAGCUCCUGUCUCUCAUGCCUAUUUCCACAUCUCCCGCUGUUUCCUCUCACCCAUCUGGCUUCGUCAAGAUGGAAGACAGGAAGAGGCCCGCGCUCAGCGCGACCGACGAAAUCGCGCCGCCGAGCAAGCGACAGGCCGUCAACGGCGGCUCCAAGUCGCGAGACGACAAUGACUUGCGAGACGAGGCUUGGAUCGAGGACUACCAAAAAGAUGCCAUCUACCGUCAGAUGCUUGAGUACAGGCGAGAGAAAACAACGUUAGAAUCGCGACUCGAAGAAGUUACGAAACGCUCCACCCACCACGACGAUCACUUGAGGGUAGUUGAUCAAUGGUGGCUCCAGUUGCUGGAAGAAGUCGAGCUCGCAGCGCAAGGAUCCAUCUCUUCCGACCUACAAUCGAAAGAAUUCUCCUCCCUGCAGCGCACGGCGCUCAUGUUCAAAGACCAUGAUGAGUUUCGCGAACACCUGCUAGACAAGAGCAAGGCCAUCAAGUCAAGGUUAGAGACGCUGUUCUCGCUCGUUUCCGCCGGGAGAGAAGUGAAACCGGUCAUCGCCGAUCUCGAAGCGCAGAUCGCAAAAGGCCGCGCGACUAUCAAGGAUCUCCUAGUGAAGCUAGAUCGUUCCAAUGCCGAGAAAGACACACUUUCUGAGCAGCUCGACACGGCCACCCUACGAUAUGUCAAGGCCGAGAAAAAACUCGAUCGCGCCAAGAGCGCCCAGGUUCAAAAGCUUGAGCAACAGGCACUGAAGAACGCGACAGCACGAGCCCCAUCGGCCGAGCGCGGCGGCGACGAAGCAGGCGCAAACGGAAACUCCGAGGCGCUGCAACUGAAGUAUGACGAAACUGUUGCUGUGCUGUCUAAGCAGAAGGAGCAGCUUGCUGCAGCAAUGGCCGAGAUCAAAACCCUUCAGGAGCAGCACACAUCAUUGAAGGCCCGCCAGGAAACCGUCACAGACGAGGAAUACUCGCGUACAGACUUGUUCAAGUAUUUCAGAUCCCAGAACGAGGAUCUGAUCAGGCGGAUCAACAGCUUGGAGGUUAUCAACAAGCAGCUGCGAGAGGAGGCCGAGAAACUCCAGUCGGAGAGGGCGACGUACCGCGACCAGCUAAAUCGCGAGGCGCAAGCCAUCACGGCCGAUCUUGAGGAGCAGCUUCACCAGAAGGACCAGGACCUGACACGUAUCCGUUCUAUUCGUGACGACCUCAACGCCAACCUUACGAUCCAGAAGGCCAAGGCCGAUCAGGAAAGGACAUCUUCGGAGCACAUCAAGGACCUGUUGAGCGCCAAGGACGACCGCAUCGCCGGACUCGAACUCGAACUCGAGCGACUCCGACCGACCGAGGACGCUGCAAUGUCGACACCAAGGGAGGACCUCGAGGCCCUUUCUUCUGCGGAUCUAAUCACCAGGUACACCAAGCUUGAGAAGGACUUUGAACUGAUCAAGAGCGAGGUUCCGUCGGUCGAAAAGGCUUACAGGAAGGCUGUUGCUCUUUCCCAGAAGAAGCUCACAGACCUUGCUGCUCUCGAGUCCAAGGUGGUGAACCUAGCGGCCGAGAAGAACAAGGCGGAGCAAAAAUACUUUGCGGCCAGGAGAGACACGGAUGCGCGCAUCAACGAAAACAAGACGCUGCAGAUGCAGAACAAGACGAGUUCGACCAUCAUCUCUCAGCUCAAGGACGUCGAGGCGCAGACUAGGACUUUGGUCGCAAAUCUGGAGAAGCAGCUCGCAGAGAUGAAGCAGUCCAACGUUUCGAUCCUUGAAGACAACCGGAAGGCCAAAGCGGCCAGUUCGGAUGCUCUACGCCAGCACGAGGCUCUCAAGAGUCAAGCCUCGAACCUCGGCGGUCUGGUCAAGGCCAAGGACGCGGCGGCACAUUCAUUCAAGGAGAAGGUAGUGGCGCACGAGCAAGAGCUGGAGAAGGUCAAAGUUCGCCUUGAGCAUGCGUUGAAGGAGAGGGAUAACUACAAGUCCCGGGGGUCCAGUGAUUCGGAAGAAAACUUGAGAAAAUUCGCGCUCUGCAACGUUUGUAACGGCAACUUCAAGAACGUCACUCUCAAGACCUGUGGGCACGUCUUCUGCAACGAGUGUGUCGAAAGCAGAGUCGCGAACCGGAGGCGAAAAUGCCCUGCCUGUGGCAAGGCAUUCGACAAGAUGGACGUCAUGCAUAUUCACAUGUAAUGACCCCGGCACCCUUGUCUCACCCCUGACCGCGUCAAUAUGCUCGGUUUCCUGGCACUUGGGCGUUUUUGCCCAUUUCGCCACAAGGACACGCAUGUUGCGGAUACUAGACCUCUCGAUAUCCUGUCCACCAGCGGGCGGAACGUGGAUUUCAGCACCACAAGAGGACAGGCGAGAGGCUGGAGCUUGUCAGCUAGUCCCAAGGGACGGCUUGUUGGGGAUACAUCAUUUGUCCUUGGGCAUUGAAGUCGCCCAAUGUCGCUUCGAGACCUAUCUUUGCAUGAUAGGUUGUCUUAUACUCUGCGCCAGCGUCGUCUGUUCUGUUUUGCAUUAGGUCAAAGAGCCGGCGGCACAUGUCUUGGAUGCCUUGUACGUCUGUACUUCUAUUUGUAUGCAAUACCAUAAUAGCUUGCGCGGGAGGGACGAGUCCAGCCAUGUCAUCGAAUACCUUUUUCUGUUAGAAAUCAAAGAGGCCCACAGGGCAUGUUUGCGAUACCAUCAAAGGGGCACGACGAACAGGAAUGUAGCAACACACAAAUGAUAUCAUUGUGUUCAGGGUGGGCCCUGACGUCUUGAGGCAUGUGCUGUGUGUGGACUGGCAUGCC